ACUUCAUUCGAUUUCGGCCCAUCUUUCAUGGACGAAGUUCUCAGAGCUCUGGAUGAGAAGGAGAAACAGAUCAGCUCUAGUGCAGACACCACACCGACCCCAAGUGUGAACAAUCACACGUCGGAGCCCAGUGUGAAACCCCCAGCCCCUAGUGUGGGACCACCUAUCCCUGCUCGUCGAGAGUCAAGGACGUCAUCCUCUUCUUCUGGGGCUUCUGUGGCUCCACCGUUGCCCACACAGCCUCCCCGAACAAUCAUU